UCCACUAAAAAAAAGGAAGGAUUGCUCUCUCUGUUUUGGCGUAAACAAUGGAGCAGAGCAGCUGACGCUAUAUUUUUAUCGAGAAAAUGGAAGAAAUGUGUGGAAACAAAAGUGGGUUUUUGGAAAUCUUUAUCAGUUUGUUUAUUGUCACUUCACUUUAUGAUUUUCUUUCAUAUACAAUCAGAUUAUUCAAAUUCUUAGCUUUUAGGUAAAGAGGGAACAAAGUUAGUUGAUUUGUAGAUAUUGCAAUUCCAAGUGUUUUAGGAUACCUGGACGGGUUUACAAGUUUCGGGGAGGGGAGCGGUAUGUGACCAAUGCUUUCGUACCUUUUUAUUUGGUCAACGGAGUUAGAUGGACAGUUCCACUCUCGAAGGAAACAAUCAGCAAACUGAGCAUCACUCUCUGUUAAUGGAACGAGUUGAAAGUCAUAGCGAUCGUGACCACAUUAUUGACGUCACAAGGCAUGAUGAUGAUGCUUCAUCAAGCUCGUCCCAGGAUGAGCAAUAUUCUGGAGUGAACUCAACACAGAGUGAAGAUAGACCUUCAAGCAGCUCACAGGCUUCUAAUAAUGCUACUCCUUUCUCAAACAGAUUGCACUUUGGGAGUUCGUCAUUCAUGAGGAGAAGUGAUGGAUAUGGUCGACAUCGUAGGAGCCCUUUCAAUUCCGGAUUGUGGAUUUCUGUGGAGUUUGUUUUCACUAUGUGUCAGAUUAUAGCAUCUAUCGUAGUACUGUUAUUGUCUAGAAAUGAAAAGCCUCAAGCUCCAUUGUUUGCAUGGAUUGUUGGUUAUGCUUCUAGUUGUGUUGCAACACUUCCUAUUCUUUAUUGGCGUUUUCUUAACCGCAACUUGGGCAUUGAGCAAGAUUCAACACACUCACAUCAAGGUUCUUCUCGUAGCAAUCCCAGUGAAACUACACCCUAUACAGCUAUCUCAGUUGCUCAAGCUUCUGAUGAGGAGAAUAACCACAUCAUCGCCCCCGCAACAAGCAACACUCCAGUUACAGGAACCUUAAGUACAAGGCUCAAUGGAUUAGCAGACCAUUUCAAAAUGGCCCUAGAUUGUUUUUUCGCGGUGUGGUUUGUUGUUGGCAAUGUGUGGGUAUUUGGAGGUCACUCAUCUCCAUCUGAUGCUCCUAAAUUGUACAGGUUAUUUAUAGUGUUCCUUACUUUUAGCUGUAUCGGAUAUGCCAUGCCAUUCAUACUAUGUGCAACGAUUUGUUGCUGUUUGCCAUGUAUAAUUUCUGUCCUUGGUUACCGAGAGGAUUUUUCACCAACUAGAGGAGCCACCAGGGAAAUUAUAAACGCAUUGCCAACAUUUAAGUUUAAAUCCAAGAAAACUGGAAACGUAAACAACGAUCAGGAAAAUCCAACUGGUGAAGGCGGAGUCAUUGGUGUGGGGACGGCCAAGGAACGCGUGAUAUCCGGAGAAGAUGCAGUUUUUGUAUUUGCUUGACGAAGUUCACGGAAAAUGACGAGCUGAGGGAGCUACCGUGCACCCAUGUCUUCCAUGUUGAUUGCGUAGACAAAUGGUUGAAAAUCAAUGCAUCGUGUCCCCUAUGUAAAACUGAUGUCGGAUAGAGCAGCAGCGGUUCAUCAUUAGCUCAAGACUCGCAUUAGCAGCUCCGGGAAGAUGGACAACGGACAAAGAACCAGUCAAUGAUAUGAUAAUGUAACGUGGUGUUGGAAAAUUUGUGAUUGUUAACAUGCAAGGCCCCUGAAGAGCUUUUAAUAUGUUCUACUGGUUAUUGCAUUUAAGUUUGAGUUGAGUUGAGUCAAACGUCGAGUCGAGUAAUGAGACCCCUCUCGUAGCUAGAGAUACAUACAGAUAUAGAGUUGGUGUAUCAUUGAAGAAC